UCUGAAUCUGCCCCACUGUGUCUCUCUGAAUUCUCUUCUUCGACAAGUCUUGAGAGCCAAACAUGUCGUCGUCUUCUUCAAUCUCAUCGUCGUUUAGAUUAUUCACAGCCAAACUCCCAAGCUCCAUUAUAAACCCAAAAGCCCUCUUAGCCUCAUCGCCAAAACACCCAAACCUCUCUUUCUUCAAAAGGCCAAUCACUUUCCAAAGAAUACCAACCAUAUCCUCAUCGAAAUCACCAUCUGCAUCAGCUGCAUCUUCGGCUUCAAGCUCGAUGUCUCUGCAAUCCAUUGAAGAGCUCCCACCAAAGCUUCAAGAGAUAGUUAAGCUCUUCCAGUCCGUACAAGAAUCGAAGGCCAAGUACGAGCAGCUCUUGUUCUACGGCAAGAACCUCAAGCCUUUAGAUGACCAAUUCAAAACGAAGCAAAACAAGGUCGAGGGUUGUGUCUCUCAGGUCUGGGUCAGGGCCUACCUUGACUCGGACAAGAACGUAUAUUUCGAGGCCGAUUCCGACUCGGUACUCACCAAGGGACUCGCUGCUCUGCUCGUCAAUGGCCUCUCUGGUCGCCCAGUAGAUGAGGUUUUGCGGGUCUCGCCUGAUUUCGCAGUCCUCCUGGGGCUUCAGCAGAGCUUAACGCCUUCAAGGAAUAAUGGGUUUUUGAAUAUGUUGAAGUUGAUGCAGAAAAAGGCUUAUGAAUUGCUCCUGGAAGAAGAAAAUGGAGUAAGUAGCUCAAAUUCGAGGGUAAAAAGUGAAAAUAGUGUUAAAAAAGUAGAAUUUGGAUUGAAUUCUGAGGUGGGUGGUGAAAAUAAUUCGACUUUGGGUUCGAAAGUUGAUGGUGGUAUCCAGGGUUUGGAUGUUGGAUUAGGUUCUAAAGAAGAUAUUAAGCAAUUGGAACUAGUGGCAAGUGUUACGAAUGAAGAUGAGUCAAAGUCGGGCGAUUUGGGGAGCAGAGGGAAGAGAAUUAAGGAGAGAUUGGAAAGAGGGCUUAGUCCUAUUGAAUUGGAAGUAGAAGAUAUCUCUUAUCAGCAUGCCGGACACGCCGGUGUUAGAGGAAGUGAUGGUGAGACACAUUUCAAUGUGAAAGUUGUGUCUAAAGAGUUUGAAGGGAAGAGUUUAGUUAAGAGGCAUAGGCUCAUUUAUGGUUUGUUGCAAGAAGAGUUGCAGAGUGGACUACAUGCAUUGUCGAUAGUGGCCAAAACACCAUCUGAAUUGAGUGGAAAGUGAAGUAGCUGCUCUGAGUUCCUCAUGAAAAGGAGGUUCAUAUUCUUGAAUUUUUUUUCUUCUUAUAUCUUGUUUCAAUGAUCGUUAAAUGAGGCUGUUGCUCAGAAGUAUUGUACACAUAGUGCUCAUAAGUUUUGCUAGAAUAUGAACACAUUUUGUCUUUAAUUUUUAUAAUGAUAAUUGAAUUACAUAUUGGUAAA